AGGCAGAAAACUGGGAUAAUUACUCCUUAAACUACUCGAUACAAACACAAUUCAAACAUCUGACACCGUUUUCAACAAUGUCUAAUGACAUAUCUAAAAAGAAAGGGAAGAGUUCGAGUGAGAAAAAGACGAAAAGAAAGGCUAAAAGAAGAGAGACUUACGCGAUGUACAUCUACAAAGUUUUGAAACAGGUUCAUCCGGACACGGGGAUUUCAAGCAGAGCCAUGAGCAUCAUGAACUCCUUCGUCAAUGACCUGUUUGAGAGGAUUUCUACAGAAGCGUCCCGGCUGGCUCAGUACAAUAAACGCUCCACCAUCACCAGCAGAGAGGUGCAAACUGCAGUGAGGCUGCUGCUGCCCGGGGAGCUGGCAAAACACGCCGUGUCUGAGGGCACCAAGGCGGUCACGAAGUACACCAGCUCCAAAUGAAGACCUCCAGCACGCUCCAAGCUGCUAUGACCAAGAUUUCAACCAUGUGUAUUAGUGGCUUUGUAAGGCUGGUUGAUUUCUAUAAAUGCAUUAAAAAGAUAUUAUUUUUGUUUCCUUUAUUUUUAUUUAGAGCACAUGUUAGUAUCAACCACUAGAUGUCGCAAUUGUAUAUGUCAUAUUAGAGGCAUACCAGAGAGUGUCUUUGAUAAACAGACCUAAAAAUGAGAUAUGACAUGCAUAGA